UACUAGACUUACUAUGGGGAUCACUUUGUAAGAUAUAUAAAUGCCUCAUCCCUAUGUUUUACAUCUGAAACUAAUAAUAAUGUAUGUCAAAUAUAAUUGAAAAAUAAAUUUUAAAUUAAAUUUGCUGGGCACCUCUGCCCUGCCAGCUCCAAGUCAUUACAAUGAAAGCCUUCCUACUCCAGCAAGGACAAGUUGGAGCGCUGAAGACUAUGCUUCCACAAGGCACUUGCUCUUACAGCUUAUCUCUUUGUAGAAUCCAGAGUGACAAGUCUCUGCCACUAAAUCUCAAGAAAUAAAGCCCACCAAAAAUGCCAGCACGAGCAACUACACCUACUGAAUUGUUUGACAACAUCAACUAUAAGAAUCUCCAGCAUCAUUACUACACCACAAACACCUUCUUAGACCUAAACCUGUACCUCUUGAAAUUUUGGUUGCCUGAGCCCUCUUCCAGAUGAGUCUCCUUGCCAUUCAGAGUUCAGUUUAAUGAUUACCCUUACGUCAUCUGCUGCAUUCUUGCCUGCAAAAUAAAGUCCACUCAAGU